AUGUUUCCCAAAGACAUAGCUCGGUUUUCUUUCAAGUGGGUGAUGGUGUCUUUAGUGCAAUGCAGUAUCUUAUAUGUUAUUAUUCCUGAGUCAAAAUGGAAUCCUAAUGGACAGAAAGUCUGCAGUUUGCAAGGUUCUUUUAUUUUAUCAACUCCAAUUAUUAUGUAUCAGAAGACCCAAGAAGGCUAUUGGUAUGGACCAAGAACUUACUGCAUAGAAACGUUCCCAUCAGAAACGCAUAAGAAAGUCUUCAUUCUGUACCACUUCUUGGCGGUGUAUCUGCUCCCACUCCUCACAAUCUCUCUCUGCUAUUCUUUUAUGUUAAAGAGAGUUGGACAACCAGUUGUAGAACCAGUGGACAAUAAUUACCAGGUACAGCUCCUCUCUGAGAGAACCAUUGCCAUGCGAAGCAAGAUUUCUAAAAUGGUAGUUGUAAUUGUCUUGCUUUUUACUAUCUGCUGGGGUCCAAUACAGCUCUUCACUUUGUUUCAAGCUUUCUACCCAAAGUUCCAAGCCAACUAUGCCACCUAUAAGAUAAAGACCUGGGCCAACUGCAUGUCAUAUGCUAAUUCUUCUAUCAACCCUAUUGUGUAUGGCUUCAUGGGAGCAAGCUUCCGAAAAUCAUUCAAAAAAGCCUUUCCUUUCAUGUUCAGACGUAAGGUUAGAGAUGGAAGCAUGGCAUCAGGAACAGUGAAUGCAGAAAUGAAAUUUAUUGCUACAGAAGUCACCCAGAAUGAACAGAAAUAAUAUAUUUAAUAAAUUUAAAAAAUAUGAAAAGCUGUACUUGGGGAACAAUUGAAUAUCAUUUGGCAAAAGCAUACGGAGUUAAUGAUGAAUUCAUUACAGUACAGUGCAUUAGACCUCCAAGUAUACUUUGAAAGCUGAACGACAGUACUGCCAUUAACUGCCAGAGUAAAAUAAGCAGAUUAUGAAAGACUUGCAAAUGCAAAUGUGAAUAUUUUCUGAAGCUGUGGUUCUGAGGCGUACUUCUAAUGAGAAAUAAGUGACCUGAACUGAGUAUAACAACAGCAUCUCCAACAAAAUGAUUCAAACUCAGCUAAGUAAAUAUAUUCGGUAAACAUGUUUCUGGUAAACUUUCCAAGUUGAUUGUUUUAUAAGGGAAAAAGUAUUUAACAAAGAAAAAGUAAAAAGUUAAUCAACUGCCACUCUUGUUAAAUGGUAAUUUGACUUGAAUACUAUUUACUUUCCAGUGGACUAUAAUAAAGGUUACCUGUUGAUGGUCUUGACCAAUUCCAAGCUGUUCUCUGUGCCUCAAAAGCCAAGGACCUGUGGAUGCAAUACAAGGUGCAAGAACAAAGACUUCAGUGUUUGAGGAAAAGGAUAGUCAGUAUGUGCACUGCUACUGCUGUUACUCAAAACCUGUUUCUGUAUCAUUGUCAACGGCACUUAUAAACUUCAUUGAAUUUAUCAUCCUGGACAGAGUGAGGUCAGUAUAUGAAUAACAUUUAGCAGGUUUAAAAUGGAAGUAGCCUCAUAUAAUUUGAACAUAUGAUCAAAGAAUAAAAUUUUACCACAAAUGUUUUAUUAAUAAUUAGCUAAACAAUAUAGCCAUAGGUUCUCUUACUUAUAAGCAUGAAUUGAUGAAACCCUAAGAAAGAGAGAUAACAGGCCAGAAGAGGUGUUGAUAAGUGGCUAACUCAGGUGACAUCAUCAGGGACAGUGUACUCUGCUCCUUGGUACCUUGUCUACGUGGAGUGCUAUUAAGAAUGUGAAAAGAGCAAGGAUGAUUAAAGAAUCAAAAAUCCAAACAUAUGUGAUUUAAAUGUUCCACUAUUGAUUUGGGGUUACUGUACAAUGGAGAAGACUUUUGGUGGAGGCUUCUUGCAAAUUUGGCUGUGCUCCCUAGAUUAGCAGUCCUUGAGACAGAAUACAGAGGCAGGUAGCAUCUAGAGCAGUCCUGACGAUCUGUUAAUUUAAUUGUGUAUCAUCAUUGAGCUGUUUAGAGGUACUGGCUGUUGCAAGUGAACCAGAGGCUUGGGGGCUCUAAAAAGGGACUCUCUUGUCUUUGGUAUUAUCUUUACGAAGGCCUAGAAAAGGAACAUAUAUAUAGGUAAUGCAAAAAGGUACUGGAAAGGCAGUAAUUCCAAGAUGGGAUGAAAGUGUCCAAGUAAGUGAAGGAUCCAGAAAGAAAUAGAAGUAAGAAAUGCAUGGACUAGGGUAAGCAGGCCAGCUAUCCUAUCAUUAAUGAGGAUGUAUGAAUAUCCAGUGCUUCAUGUUCAGUGUUUGUGUCUUUUAUUCCUGUGUGAGCCCUCCGUUAAUACUUUGGUAAUUAAAUCUCUUAUUUUUGUA